AUGACUUCUGGUUCGGUUAUGACAGAUAUCUCUGGUUCUAUUGGGAUCGAAGAGGAGCAAAAGGAGAAUGAGAAGGUUAAUAAUGUUGAAUUGGAGCAAGACAAUGUUGAAUUGGAGCAAGACAAUGUUGAAUUGGAGCAAGACAAUGUUGAAUUGGAGCAGAAGAAGAUUGAGAAUGAGAUUGUUGAGGAUCCGCCGAUAGAGAAUGCCAUUGUCGAGAAAGAGGCCAAAAAGGUGGGGAAGAAGGUUGGGAAGAAGAAAGACGAAAAUGACGAAGAUGAACUGGAAAUAGUGAAUACUCCUCCUCCUCUUCCUAAGAAAGUCAUAUUGGUCACGAGAAGGAAUAGGAGGCCGAAGAAUGAUCCAGAUUUCACCGACCCCAAUCUAAAACAGCCCAAGUUAAAAGAUCCUAUCACCGUCAAUCCACUUCUAAAAUAUGACGAUCAACUUCUUCAUCAAUUGCAAACAUGGCUUAAAGAUCCAAACACUGACAACAACAAAAUUGAGCUCCAUACUAUAUUAGGUGAUAAGGCAUUAUUUCGCCGAAUGCUAAAAAGGUUCACCUGGCUGACUGAUGAUGAAAUCGAUGCAGGUUGCUUCAUUCUGAGAAGAAGAGCUUGGGUAUAUCCAAAGACAUAUAAGAAGAACUUCUUUAUUGGAGAUUGUUGGCUCCACACCAGGUUCACUGCUGAGUACGCUGCGUUUAACAAAAGUCGUAUUGAGUUUGACAUUGAAAACUUUUUCGAAUACUUCUUGGGCGAUGAAAGCAACUAUAGGAAUAGUUGGAAAGUAUGCGAUGAUAUAUAUAUUCCUUUGAACAUCAAAGACGUCCACUGGAUACUUUGUGUUGUCCGUCUACAGCAAUGGCGCGUAGACGUAUAUGACUGCGAUCCUGGAUGUUAUGCUAAUCUUGAUGAGUUUGUGCUACCGAUGUGCCAAAUGAUUCCGGUUAUAUUUGAUAAGGAAUUGCCUCUUGAAGAUAAACAACGAUUUCCUAUGCUCAACCCUGAUUCCGUUUUGCCAUACACAAGACGUCCAGAGUCAGAAGUUCCCAAAGCAACUAAGAGUGGAGAUUGUGGUGUAUUUGUACUUAUGUAUAUUGAGUACUUGACUGCAGGUCUGAAUCUAUCAGAAGUGACCUCAAAUGAGAUGAAAGCUUGGAGAGAAAAGUGGGCAGUGAGGUUAUUUCAUGGAAUUGUAGAUCCAUAG